AUGUUACAAACUGUGAAUCAAACUAAUCAAUUAACACAAAUCGUUCCUCUCAAAAAUGUGAAUAUCCCUAGUACGAUUCGUUCAUUUGCAGCUGAUGUGACAAUUACGCAAGUAUUUAGCAAUGAUGAAACAAUACCGAUUGAAGCUGUUUAUUGCUUUCCAAUCGAAGAACAAGCAGCAAUUUAUGCAUUUAUAGCUCGCAUUGAUAAUCGAGAAAUUGUCGCUGAAUUGAAAGAAAAGAAAGAAGCACAAAAAUAUUAUACGGAAGCAUUAGAACAAGGCCAUGGAGCAUAUCUUAAGAUGAAAAAUCACAAGAUAACUUCAUUAUCAACGUUGGUGCAUUGCUUCCGUCGAAAGAAUGUACAAUCACGAUCUCUUUACAACGAAGACAAUGCUCGGCAAGCUGAAGUGCUUGUCAAGACUAUGAAAGCCGAUUUGGGUGGUACUGAACUUUUAGAACCUCUCAAAUGGCUUGAACAGCAUGCACCAACUCAAGGACAAUAUCGUCAGAUCUUUCUUCUUACUGACGGUGAGAUUUCCAAUGUUACCGAAGUACUAGACUUGUGUCGUUCGAUGGCUUCAUCAACGCGAAUUUUUUCGUUCGAUUUGGGUCAUUCGCCUAGUCGCUCGUUAGUCAAAGGUCUUGCACGAUCAACAAAUGGUCGAUUUGUUUUUAUUCCUCCGAAUAGCACUGUUGAUGUUUACGUUGGAAAACAAUUGCAAAAAGCUCUUCAACAAUGCAUUAAUAAUGUAGGAGUGAAAUGGAAUUUUAGCACAGCCGUUGUGGAAACUAUUCCAAAUCAAUUACAACCAGUCUAUGCUAAAGAUUGUUUAAUUGUCUAUGGUCUCUUAGAUGACAAGUCGAUUUCAUUCGAUCAUAACUCAUCAAUUGAACUUGAAGUUGAUCAACAACAACUGAGUGUCGCAAGAAUCAGUCGAAUACCUAGUAUAAGUGAAAAUGGAAUGAUUACACGUCUUGCAGCCAAAGCACUCAUUUUGGAAUUGCAACACGCUAAACUACCUGCUAAAAGAACGACAGUUGGCAGUCGACAAUCUCGUUUCCAGGACAAUACAAUAUCAACAAUGUGGUAUGAUGAAGAUUCGGAGGAAGAUGCACAUCAAAAUAUAGGUCUAAUGAGUGGAAAAACAACAGAGAAAAAUCCAAAUUAUGAAAAAAGUGACAAAUGUCAAUGUACUAAAGGAUGUUCAAAACGUUCUUGUUCAUGCUUUAAAUAUGGUAGUGAAUGUAAUUCAUCAUGUGGAUGCGGUUCAUCUUGUCGAAAUAUGUUUAAUCAUCUUGAAUAUUUUUUCGGCGAAAAUCAAAAAUGUUCUGUCAAUCCUUGUUUUUCAAAAUGGCUUGUUAAAAAUGCUAAAAACACAGAUGGAUUUCAAAUGAUCGAUUGUGAUAAAUUACGCUGA